AUGAUAACUGAUUUGUACCGUGCAUGGCAUAAACAAUCUUCCGUUCUUUCUGUAUGGUGGGGUUUUGUCGGUGCGUUUUUGGAAAUACAGUUACAAACAGAUUUUGCGAUGUAUUCUCAAAAUAUUCAACCGCCAUGGACAUUCAAACAUGGUAAGCAAAGGAGGUACUGUGAUGAUCUGGCUAUUAAUGAUGAUAUACAUGUCGUGGCAGUUGAUGAUGAUACACUUCUGGAUGAUGUGAAAGCUAAUGACGAUGAUGUAUAA